CUUUUCGUACUUUACACGAAGACCGGGAAGGCAGCAUGACGUCAAAUCUCGUCGACGCACAUGUGAGAGAAGCGCGGAGCAGUGAUGGCUUCUGAGAGGCUUCAGUUUCAUGAAAUGGGGUUAGACGACCGUCUCUUAAAGGCGGUUGCAGAUCUGGGUUGGUCUCAGCCCACCCUAAUCCAAGAGAAGGCCAUUCCUCUGGCUCUGGAGGGGAAGGACCUUCUGGCUCGAGCUCGGACCGGAUCUGGAAAGACCGCAGCCUAUGCUAUACCUGUCAUACAGCGCAUCCUGGCCUCCAAACAGAGUGUUCGUGAGCAGGAUGUAAGAGCGCUGAUCCUGGUACCAACCAAAGAGCUGGGUCAGCAGGUUCAGACCAUGAUGAGACAGUUAACAUCGUACUGUUCAAGAGAUGCACGAGUGGCCGACAUUUCUGGCAAAGCCGAUGUGUCAACGCAGAGACCCAUUUUAAUGGAGAAGCCGGAUGUGGUUGUAGGGACACCGUCCCGUGUUCUUGCCCACCUUAACGCGCAGAACCUGGCCCUUCACUCUUCCCUCGAGAUGUUGGUUGUAGAUGAGGCCGACCUGGUCUUCUCCUUCGGCUUCGAGUCCGAUCUGAAGAAUUUGUUAUGCCAUUUGCCAAAGAUCUAUCAGUCGUUCCUCAUGUCGGCUACCUUCAACGAGGAUGUCCAGGCCUUAAAGGAGCUUCUGCUGCACAACCCGGUGACCUUGAAGCUUCAGGGCUCUCAGCUGCCAGACAGCACUCAGCUGCAGCAGUACACCAUCAAAUGUGAGGAGGAGGACAAGUUCCUGCUCAUUUAUACGCUGCUGAAGCUGCAUCUGGUCCAGGGAAAAACGCUGCUGUUUGUGGGAGCAGUGGACCGGAGCUACAGACUCAAACUGUUUCUGGAACAGUUUGGUAUUCCCACCUGUGUCCUUAACUCUGAGCUGCCCGUCCAGUCCAGGUGCCACAUCAUCAGCCAGUUUAACCAGGGAUUCUAUGACAUCAUCAUUGCCACAGAUGAGCAGAGUUUGGUUGAACCUGCAGCAUCUUCUUCAGGGAAAGAAAAGAAGAAAAAGAGUUCAGCGAAAGGAGCAAAGGCUAAAGAUAAGGAGUAUGGAGUCUCCAGGGGUGUGGACUUCCAGAAUGUCGCCAACGUCAUCAACUUUGAUUUCCCAACAUCUGUUGAUUCCUACAUUCAUCGAGUUGGAAGAACAGCGAGAGCUGACAACCCAGGCACCGCCCUGUCAUUCAUCUCUCACACAGAACUCAGUGCGCUGGCAGAGGUGGAGGAGGCCCUCGGUGGAGAUAAAGCUGAGUCUGCACUCAAACCUUAUGAGUUUAGGAUGGAGGAGAUCGAAGGCUUCAGGUACAGGUGCAGGGAUGCGAUGCGCGCAGUGACAAAGCAGGCUGUGAGGGAGGCCAGACUGAAGGAGAUCAAGCAAGAGUUGCUGAACUCAGAAAAACUCAAGACAUAUUUUGAGGACAACCCGAGAGAUCUGCAGCUGCUCAGACACGACAAAGACCUUCAUCCUGCUGUCAUCAAGCCUCACAUGAAAAACAUACCUGACUAUCUGAUUCCUGAGACUCUGAGGGGCGUAGUGAAUCCGCUGUCGAACAAGAGAAGGAAAAGGAGGAUAAAGCCUGCAGCGGAGGGAGUCGUGAAAAGCAGCUUUAAGAAGCACGUCCCAGGGAGGAAUCCGCUGAAAAGUUUCCGGUACACAGGAACAAGAAACAAAAAAGCCAAAGGUGCCAAAUCAUAGCUGCUGGAGCUCAGCUGAGGGUGGAUCAGUUCUGCAUAUUGCACCAGUUCAGAGAGCAUCAUCAGGAGGAUCAUUUGGACUCCACUGUUGACCCAACUGGGACAAAUAUUAAUUACUCGUAAAUAAUCUGAAGACCUAAUGGACUCUGGAUAUUGAUUUUAUAGGUUCUAAAGAGAACACUGACUUCUUUGGAUGAACCUUCAGACAAACCCGUCAGAGGGCCUGUUAUCUCAUGAGAAGUACAUUUUCGUUCUAAAUAAUUUGAAAUGGUUUAAAAAUAAAAAUGUUUCACAUCAUCAUUGUGUUGGUUCUACAUGUGUUAGUGUGGUAUGAAGUAAGCCCUGAUGAUGGCCCUAUAUUAAAAAAACGUAUUUGGAGUGUGUGAUCAGACAUGAGUGUUUGUGGAAAUAAAACUUUAUUACAAAACUUA